AAAUCUUGUUUUACCUUUUUUAAUGAAAUUAGAGUUUCUUUUUCGUUUCGUUGGUUCAAGACACUAAACUGAUUCCUCUUCCUGUGGGACGUUGUAGGCCAAAUGGUGGAAUGGCGCUCAAAUGGCGUGUUGCUGGUUCGAGCUUCUCAUACUUGCUCCGAGGGUUUUACAUGGGCUGCAAUCAAAGAAACCCGUCAAUUCUAAUGAAUUUUUGUAAAAUGUCUGGAAUCAGUGCUGAAGCUCAAUCUGUGUUGGAUUUCUGGUUUGAACCUGGCAAGGAGUUGCAAGAUCAUUUCGCUGUGUGGUUUGGAGGGAAAUCCCAAGAUGAGAUUAUAAAGAGCAAGUUUAGUGAUCUGAUAGAAAAGGCGCGUACUGGACAGUUGAAACCUUGGGAAGAAGAUCCAAAAAGUGCUUUGGCUCAUAUCAUUCUCAUUGAUCAGUUUUGCCGAAAUGUUCACCGGGGAAGCCCAAAGUCCUUUGACUGCGACCAUGUUUCUCUGGGCAUUGCAAAGAAGCUAGUUGAAAAUGGCCGAUACAAAGAGCUAAACCCAAUGGAAAGGUUCUUCUCGAAUCUUCCUUUUGAACACAGUGAAAACAUGGAUGACCAGGAUACUGCACUCAAACUUUACAAGGAGCUAGCUGCAGAUACCAAAGGAACCAAGUAUGAGGGUUUGGGUACAAGUGGAGUUUCAUAUUCGCAGAAGCACCGGGAAGUGAUCGAGAAGUUUGGCCGUUUCCCGAAGAGAAAUGCUGUCCUUGGAAGAACCAACACACCUGAAGAGGAGGAAAUUUUGAAGAAUUAUCCUUACAAUUUCUAGAGAUUCAACUGCUGGCAGAUGACAAUUUUUAAUUGGAAAACACGCUUUAUGCAUAUCUAAUACACGCAUGAACACCAUAUACACACUGUUUCCUUAAGCAUAAUGACACUGCACAAAUAUCCAGACGCACUUGCUGUUUUUAACUACAGAUGCUGGACACAAUUUUUAUUCCAUCCAACAAGGCAGCACUUUUCAAAGGGCUGGAAUAGAUACGAAGCAUGCAUUGAUGGUUGAAUUUGUGCUAUUGUAUCUUGAAUUUAUUUAACCUUUUAUUGUAACUUGAAAAAACUAUCCCGGCUCAAUGUUUGAGGUAUUUGAUAAAUGCAAAUUAGAAAAUAUUUCUUUGCAAUCCGACUUUUUACCACAAAAUGAAGUUUAUUGAUAGAAAUAGUGUAUACUGUUUAGUUUGCUAAUUUACGUCAAUUGAAUUCAGUAGCCUUGUAUAGAAGAGAUAUUUAAAUUAUACUGAAGAUUUUAUAGAAAA